GUUGAAACCCUAAACCAGACCAAAAACAAACCAAAAGCAAAACAAGAUUUUAGUAAUAUCAGCAGGUCUUUCCUUUCCCUCUCGCUAUCUGCUUGGCUAUGGCGACAGUCCGCGUGAUAGGCAAGUUGCUCUUCCAAAAUCCUUUCUUUCUACAUCAACACCUUCGUUCAUUCAUUCUUACGCGCAAUUAAUAAGUCUCUAUCUCUCUCUCUCUCUGCCGUUUUGGCGACACCAAGUGCGGAUAUAGCCGUCAACUUCACAGAUGGCAUGUUCAAAGGAAUCUACAAUGGGAAGCAGUGCCACGUCUUGGAUAUAGCUACGGUUUUGAGCAGGGCUUGGACUGCCGGCGUCGACCGCAUCAUCGUCACUGGUGGAUCACUUGAGGAAUCAAAGGAAGCUCUAACAAUUGCAGAAACCGAUGCAAGGCUUUUUUGUACAGUUGGUGUGCACCCAACUAGAUGCAAGGAAUUCGAAGAGAGUGGGGAUCCAGAUAAGCAUUUUCAGGCGCUUUUGUCAUUGGCCAAAGAGGGAAUAGAGAAAGGAAAGGUGGUUGCAAUUGGUGAAUGUGGAUUGGACUAUGAUAGGCUUCAGUUUUGCCCAGCAGAGAUUCAAAAGAAGUAUUUUGAGAAGCAGUUUGAAUUAGCACAUGCCACUAAGCUGCCCAUGUUUCUGCAUAUGCGUGCAGCUGCUCCAGAUUUUUGUGAAAUUGUGGAGAGAAAUAGGAGCAGAUUCAGCGCAGGGGUGGCCCAUUCAUUUACUGGUAGUGCAGAAGAUCGUGAUAAACUUCUUUCCAUCAGCAACAUGUAUAUAGGUGUAAAUGGUUGCUCUCUGAAGACAACUGAGAAUCUCGAUGUUGUGAGGAGCAUUCCUAUUGAGAGGAUGAUGAUUGAGACAGAUUCUCCAUAUUGUGGAAUCAAGAACACAAGUGCCGGGAUUAAAUUUGUAAAGUCCACUUGGCCUUCUAAGAAGAAAGAGAAGUACGAUCAAGAGUGCAUUGUUAAAGACCGCAAUGAACCGUGUUUGGUUCGGCAAGUUCUAGAGGUGGUAGCUGGUUGCAAAGGAAUCAGUGAAAUAGGUCAACUGAGCAGGACACUAUACCACAACACUUGCCGGGUUUUCUUUCCUCAGGACUUGGAUUCUGCAGCAGAUUCUCUACUUGCUGGUCAUGACCCUCAGUGACAAAACCAAAUUCCUUCCCGCCGAAGGUUAUUCAGUUCCUCUUUUAUAUCUCGAGACAUGUCACUUUUUUAUUUAUUUUCCUUCUGAAAGUGACAUUCAUCAUCGGUGGAUAGUAGCCAUAUUUAGUUAAACUCCAUUCUGUAUUUUUAUUUGCCAGCUACCUCCAGUUAUGAAAAUAGAGGAUUCAUUUUAUUA